ACAACGUGGAUUCUGAUUGGUCAUAACGGUUCAGAAAGGUGACGGUGCAAUAGCAGCGCGUCUUACUGCUUUCACACAUUGAGAUGGAAAUAAGGGGACAUUUUGGUGUAGUAAAGCGAAAACUGUCCACUAUUUAGAUAUUUCUAUCUGGAACGGAAACAGCUAUAAAGUAAGAUUUGUUCGUCGACGCAUUGUAACAUGUCGUCAAGAGUAGCGGAGAAUACGGGCGCUGAAUUCAAAGCUGACUCGGGUUAGUUUCCUCCCGGGUUCGGCUGGAGUUGGACUGAGAGUGUUAUGUAAAAAUAUCUUCCCCAUGCUGGUUAGCUAUGGACGGGUGGAGCGCCGUCGUCGCUUCUGAUAGUAGCGGGUCCGGCUCCGAGGUUGCCUGUGGAGCUGCGGGUGAGAUGCGUGUGGAGGGGGUGCAGCCGGGGGAGGCGGAGAGGAUGGAGGACGUGGGGAGCGCCGCUGUGGGGUUUGGGAUCAGCGGCAUAGGGGAGGGGAAAGUGGUCCUGGGUCGAGUCGCACACAGAGACGACAAAGAGCUCAGGUACCUGCACCUGUUAUGGGAGCCGGGACGAGGCGAGGCCGACGCGGCGGGAGUGGCGAGCAAGCUGGGGAAGAUAAGCGGGAGCAGGGCCCGGAGACAGCACCGAGCCGCGCGGAACCUGGGACCCAUUGGGAAGGAUGUUUAUGCUGCAAAACGACUGAGGGACGCAGCCAACAGCAACGACAUUGACACAGUGCGGAAGCUCCUGGAGGAGGAUGUGGACCCCUGUGCUGCAGAUGACAAGGGAAGAACAGCUCUUCAUUUCUCCUCCUGCAACGGCAACAACAGCAUCGUGCAGUUACUGUUGAGCUUUGGUGCAGACCCCAACCAGCGAGACAGUCUGGGGAACACCCCUCUUCAUCUGGCUGCCUGUACCAACCAUGUGCCUGUAAUUACCACAUUGCUGAGAGGAGGAGCCAGAGUGGACGCCCUGGACCGAGCGGGCAGGACCCCGCUGCAUCUAGCUCGUUCCAAGCUGAACAUUUUGCAGGAAGGAGCUUCACGCAGCCUUGAAACCCUGAGGGGGGAAGUCACACAGAUCAUCCAGAUGCUUCGAGAAUACCUGAACUUGAUGGGCCAGAGUGAAGCUCGAGAGAGGCUGGAGCACAUUUCCACACGGCUGCAGCACACACGCACCAAAGAGCAGGUGGAUGAAGUGACUGAUUUGCUGGCUAGUUUUACAUCCCUCAGUCUCCAGAAACAGAAUUUGGGUGACAGGUAGAAGAUGAUAAACUUCUCAAGUCCUCAAAAAAAUUGUCUCCAGGCAAAAACGGAAUAUUGAAGCUAAAAGGAUCGAUCUCACAUGCAAACCUUAAGCCCUGCUGUGUUCUACAUCUCUACACCUAAUGAAGUCAAGGCACCAUUUUUUAAAUCUGGUGUGCUUGCUACCACAUUUGCUUUGUUUGCUUAAAGUAUUUGGCCAUAAAUCUUAAAGUAUCAAAAAAGUGCUUUAUUUGUUGAAUUUUGCUUUAAAAUGCAGAUGUUCAGUCGGAAACUAUUGAAGUAGGGCUCUUCUAGAACAUUAACGUGCCCUUAUAUGUUUGCAUGAGAGUAGUAUUGAGUGUCUUCUCAUGAGUUGUGUUUUCUUGCCAUUAAUUGUAAAACUCUGGAUUAAUUAGGAAACUAAUUAUUGAACAGUUUUCUUACUAUUUUUUAGUUUUUAUAUCAAAAAUUGUCUUUUUUGUUGCUUUGUUUUUAAUUUGCAUGUUUGUAAGAGCAUUCUCUUGUAAAAUGAUAUGAAUUAUGCUGUAAUUUGAAAUUGUUGUGAACCAAUGAAUAGCUUUAGUUAUAUUUGUGCCAAAUUAUUGUUGAUGCUGCUUGUGUUGGUCAAUUUAUGUCAAAUAAAUGUAUUUUUUAAAAAAAGUUAA